AUGCCACGAUCCAGGUCGAACAAGCAGAAAAGCUCCCUCCCUCCUCCACCUUCAACAGCAGUCCCAAGCACAUUCACCGAUGGCCUGCCUGUGCCCGCGCUUCUUGUCUUCGACUUAGACUACACUUUAUGGCCCUUUUGGGUUGACACACAUGUCACCGGUCCUGUGAAACCGGCAGCUCCAGUGGGGCAAUUCAACACGGCCAUGCUCGACCGUUGGGGCGAAUCAUUCGCCUUCUACGACGACGUGCCCGGUAUUCUCGCGGGUGCAAAGGAACGAGGCAUCAAAAUGUCGCUGGCCAGCCGGACUCACGCCCCAGACCUGGCGAGGGAAAUGUUGCGCGGCCUGCACGUGCCUACCCUGACCAAAUCCACUGCAGACACGACAGACACACAGACAGAAAAUACCAGCGACAAUUCCAAGCCUCGCAACGCCCUCUCCUUCUUCGACACCCCGCAAAUCUUCCCCGGCAGCAAGACGACACAUUUCCGAAAUCUGCACUCGAAAUUCAGCAAAGGAGAUCCCUCAGACUCCAUCCCCUACGAAGAGAUGCUCUUCUUCGACGACGAAACACGGAACCGUAACGUGGAGAAGGAGCUAGGGGUGAUGUUCUGGCUGGUGCGCGACGGCGUCUCAAGAGACGAGGUCGACCGUGGUAUCCGCGAGUGGCGCAAGCGCCAAGGGUAUUCGACCUUGAAAAAUCAACUCAAGGGCCCCGGGGCUGGCUUCAAGGGCGAGGAGAUCGACGAAAACGGUGCCGAGAGUGGACCUGCAGAGCUGGAGGGUUGA